AUUUUAUAACCUAAAAUCACAUAAAGUUAAUUUUAAAACAACUUUGAAACUUCUAUUUUAUAUUAUAUUAAAAAACAAAAUUUUGAAAUAUAAAAAAAAAUUAUAUCGAAAAAUCUAGACGUGAUAGAAAAAAUCGGCCAACGGGGAUAGAUUCAAAACGUUUGAAUCAUUAUAUUUAUUAUAAAAUUGUUUAGAGGAGUUAGUGACAAAACACAAAAGCAUUUGAAAUCCAGAUAAGCUUAUCAGUUGCCUCGCCGUGUAUUAAUUAUCAACGCUCUCGCCUUCUUUAGAUAUGUUAUUGUCGAUGUGUAUAUAUGGAAUGUUGUUGCAUUGCCGAUUCACAAUCGCACCGUAAUCCAAGUCGGGCUCGUUCGUGACCGCCACCUCAUUAUUGUUUAUUUGUUAACCGCAUUCCUCAGCAAUUAGUUAACUAGUCGGGGCAGUCGAUAUGCGAAACAAAAUCAGUCUGAUCGAUUUGAUGGUGCUCGAGUUUUUGUGGAUUUGCAGGAUCGUUUACGAGAAUUUCGUCAGUUUUUUCACCAGAAGCAAACAGCACCAGAUCGCAGUGGAGACGACAAAAAAAGCAAACAAGAAACUGCACCUCAUCCAGCUGCACACGCUGACUCCCGACUAUCCCGGGGACAAGCGGUUCUGUUUCAUGGAGGUCACCGAGAUCAGCGGCAAAGAGGAAGAGUCUCUGAGGAUGAGCAGAAUCGCAGACAACACGUACCUGAAAAACACGCCCUUCGCGGUCCAUUAAAUGACGUGUCGCACGGAACGCGUUGGCAACAACGCACUGGUGAAAGGGGCACCGGUGUGCGUCAGCACACCAAAAUAAAAAAGAUCGGCCGUGAUAUCAGCUAUCGGCUAUCUGCUUUAUCUGGAAACGAAAUCUACGUCAUUAAUAAUAGUAGACGCUUUAUACUGUAAAACCGAUAGGUAAUCCUGCAGUUGACGCAUAUGGAAGACGAGGAAAUUGCAACUGUGGUCGCUAGCUGCACAGUGAAGCCAAAUUAUAAUUUUUAUUCGUUUUAACAAAGAAAUUGUACAAUAAAAACUACACGUUUCAUGGUACACUCUUACAAUACCUAUCCUCUUAGUUUGUCUAUCUUUUCAUUUUUGAUCUUAACAUAAAGCGUCAAAAAUCGAAUCAAAUUUCCAAAAAUGUUAAUGAGAUGCUAGAUGAUACAAAAAGAUGUUUAUGUUAAGCACAGUACCGCACACAUAAAAUCAGGGUGGUAGAAAGGAAAUUCAAACACGAAAUGUAUUAUGAUAAAUAAAUAAUAAUAAUAAAUAAGUUAUGUAAGUAAUAAAUAUCUUGUACGUAUUUACGUUGUCCCAAUUUUUUAAAUUUCCUCCAGCAGCUCCCUGGUACAUUUUGUACACACCAGUUUCACGGUAAUUCAUUCAAUUUCAAUGUUAUACUUAUGAGUUUCAUGUAAGAGAUCGAUAAAUAAUGUAUACAAUGUUUUAAGACUAAAUUAA